GGGGAGCGACCUACGGCAUGCGCUGCAAUCGGCAAGGGAGCGAGGACCGACAUGCAAAUGCCGAUCAAAGCCACCCGGCCUCCCCACGGCAAGAAGCGGCUCUUCUCAUUCUCGGGCCAGGCCAGGCAACCGCGAUCCGCGAGUGCGCCCGCUCGUUCUCCACGCUCUCGCACGGUAGAUCCGCGGGAGGCUUCGGCGGUGAGGCUGCAAGCUUUGGCGCGAGGGAGGCAAGCGCGUAAGCGAUCAGCCUUUAGCCUGGCCGCGACCCACGACUGGUUCGCCGGCGUGUUUGGCUUUGAGUCGGGCGCACCUUCGUCGCAAGCGCUGCGGGAGCGCAACGCCCAGCUGCUGUUCCCUGCAGAGGAGGCGUGCCUCGAGCGGCUCGCCCAGCUGCGCUCCGCGCUGGAUGCCGAGUGCGGGGAGGCUUGGACCGCGCCGGACCGUCGGGCGCCUCACGUAGCGAUAGACAUCCGCCCCGAGUCGGCCUCGCUGUUGCCGCCGGCGCCCGCGCCCGAGGUGGAGCCUCCAAAGGCGUCGUACCUGUCGCGGCUCAAGAAGAAAGCGCUUUACUUGGAGUCGCGGGACGGGGCGGUCGCGCUGCUGCAGGCGCGGGCGAGGGGCAGGCGGGCGCGAAAGCAGAAGCGGCGAGGAGCGGGCGAGGAGGCGGAGGAGGGCGUCGAGGCCUCCACUGCGUGCUUUCCGACGCCCGUUGACUGCCGUCCGCGGCCGACGGCGCGCAGUCUUCUGCUCGGGUGCCUACUUUGCGUGCCGCUCCUCCUCCUCUCCCCCUUGCUCCUCCUAUGCCUCGCCGCCUGCUACGCCUACCUCCGGCUGCCGUACCUGCUCGGCUGGGUCGCCUCAAAGGCCAUCACGCGCCUCGGCCUAUUCGGCUACCCGCUGACCUUCGGCGCCAUCCACCUCUCGCCGUGGCUCGAGCUGCGGCCGGCGCGCCUCCACCUCCGCCUCUGUGUCGAGGACUUCUCCCUCUCCAACCCGCCCUCCCUCGGCUGCCCGCACCGCCACUUUGUGUCGGCGGGCGCGGUCGAUUUUCUGCUCACCAUCGAUUUGCACUGGGUCAAGGAGCUGCUGCGCACGGGCAGGCUGCAGCCCGUCCCGAUCCACUUCGAGCACACCUCCGUGCGGCGCGUCAAGCUCUACUUUGAGCUCACGCGCGGCGAGCUCAACGUAAACGGCCUGGCGCGCGAGAUCGCCGAGCUCGAGGUGCGCGCCCGCCGGUCUUGCUGCGCGCUCAGCCGGUCCUGCUGCCUGCCGUGGCGGCCGCCCACGCCACCGCCGCCCAAUCUGCUGCGUCUGUGGGUCGGCGCCGUGCGCGGCCUCAGCCGGCGCGGCGCGAAGCCGUAUGUCGCAGUCAAGGCGCGCGGCGUCGUCCUGUCGACCGCGACCGGCACGCUGCUCGGCGGGGAGGGGGAGGGGGAGGGGGAGGAGUGGGUCUUCGACGACGAGGUGCUGCUGCGCAUUUCGGACCCGUCCACCGUGCUGCACGUGUGCGUCUACUCUUCCGUCGGGCGCGACCGGCUGCUCGGCCAGUGGGUCCUCACGCUCAAGUACCUGGUGACGCAGCCAGACUACUGCAAGCACGCGCCGCCGCUGACGCGCUCGCGCGACGGCUCAAUCUCGGGCACUUUCUAUCUCUCCGACGCCAAGCUGCGCGGCUCGGCGGUGCGCGCGCUCGGCCCUUCGGAGCUCGGCAAAGGCUUCUCCGGCGAGGUUGACAUGCGCCUGCACUGGAUGCACGCCGCUGGCCUGCCGCCGCCCCCGCCGCCAAAGCGGCGCACCGCAAUGGAGCAGCUCAACGAGAACUCUGGCGAGACCGCGCUGCGGCUGGGCAACGUCCGCGAGCUGCGCACCGCGCUGAGCAGCCUGCCGCUGCGGCUCUCGUGCGGCGAGGUCGCCUUUCGCGACGUGAGCGUGGGCAUCAAAGACUUGUUUACGGGCUACAAGGGCGACAUCGAGAUGGAUCUCCGCGACGAGCUGGCCAACUGCAGGAGCACCAGCUCGCGUGACAGGCUGUAUGAAGACCGGGCGGAGGAGGUGACCGACGUGGUCAACAUGAAGGACCUCUUCCUGCAUCCGGUGGCAGCCAAGGAUGGCUCCGGCCUCGAUUUGACCGCCUUUCUGGACGGCCUCCUCUUCGACCAGCUGGUGCCCGAGGCGCUCAAAGAGGUUUUUGGGACGGGCCUCGGAGGGCAGGCAAUCGGCCAGAUCCUGGGCGGGGUGGCGGCGCGCAGUGCCGAGUGGGCCAGGGGGGUCAGGCGCGGUUUCGUCUCUUCCGGACAAGGCAGAAACAUUCCACGUGUAUCACCUAAAGCCGUCUUGUGACCAUGUGUGUGUGCCGGGUGAGUGUCAUCAGUACUCUAUAUACACACAGCGGAGAGUGUGUACGUGUCCAUGUUGUUCACCUGCUCAUUUCUUGUGAUCGUUGUUGAACUUGUUGUUGAGAGGAUAUGC